AUGGAGGGAGUUCUCACGAACUCGGUACCCUUGACGUUUCGGGAGGCAGCAUCAGGCAUCCUUGGAUCAAUAUCUUUGGCUUGUUGGAUAUUUCUCCUAGUCCCACAAUUGAUAGAAAACUACAGAUGCGGGAGCGCAGAAGCCAUAUCAAUCACAUUCCUUCUUGUAUGGUUCCUAGGCGACUUGACAAACCUGAUCGGCGCGCUGUGGGCUCACUUGGUCCCCGUCGUCAUCGCCAUUGCGGUCUAUUUUUGCAUAGCAGACGGCGUCCUGAUAAGCCAGUGCGUCUACUAUAAUAUUCAGAAUGCACGCAGAGCUGCUCGCUACCGCCGCUUAUCGAGCACAGUUUCCGACACCCCUGAUCCGACUACGCCCCUGCUGAGCCGACGGAUGAGUGAAAACAUGGGCCUUCCCGGGUCGCGGCGAAGAUCGUCUGCCUCAUUGCAACGAAUGAGUAGCCACCGCUCUGCGGUCCAACGGAGAGAUUCGUUGGCAAAGAUUUUGGAGGAGACGGAACCAAGAAGCGUUUGGCUGAAGAAUAUAUCCAGCGUUUUGGGAAUCUGCGCGACGGGUGUCGUAGGCUGGGCUAUUGCGUGGCAAACGGGGGUGUGGAAACCCGUUGCGCAAACUGGACCUGAACGUUCUGGAGAAGUUGCGCUAGGAGCGACAAUUUUGGGAUAUAUCAGUGCGAUUUGCUAUUUAGGUGCGAGAAUUCCACAAAUUAUUAAGAAUUACAGGGAGAAAUCCUGUGAAGGGCUUUCAUUAUUAUUUUUUUUAUUCUCUUUGUUAGGCAACGCAUCAUAUGGCGCAGGGAUUUUAUUUCAUUCAACCGAAAAGGAAUAUUUCAUCACCAAUCUCCCGUGGCUUAUCGGAUCUCUAGGUACCAUGGUGGAGGACAUCACAAUUUUCGUGCAGUUCCGUAUAUAUGCCAACCCCAAUGGAUCCUCGGCCAUUGUAUAA